GAUCGCUCAGCCGAAGCAACGGUCACGGGCAGUGUGCAGAAAAUUCUCAAGGCUGUACACACGUUGAAAAAAAUCUCAUCAAGUUUAAAUUGGCUUAUGCUGUUUAAUAACUGCAACGGAUUCAACGAUUUCUCUCCAAAAUUUGCCUUGUGGAUUGACCUGGUGUGUGUGAAACGUGCAAAGUUAUGCCAGAGGGACAGCAAAAUUUCAACUUCUGCAAGACACUCUUUGUUUAUUUAUAAUUUAUGCACGUGUUGACUUACUCUUACUUCUAACUUUUUGUUGCUUUGUUUAUUGCUUUGUUUUUAAAUAUUCUUUUACCCAGUCUCCAUAACUAUAUAUGCUGUGCACACGUUUUUUGGGCGUUGUAUUCGGUAUAUCAUUGAACAAGCUUUCACGAAGUGUUUGAAGUAAAAGACUCGGAGGGCGUUGUUCAAAAGCGGAGGAAUUGUAGUUGCGGCAUGUGUACAGUUGAUAGUCAUGCAAUAUAGUUACGGAGGCAAAUAGAUUGUAAGUAAUUUGUUAUUGUUAAUUAUAUUAGCUUUCAUUUUUCAUAAAUAUUCGUUUUGUUCAGUUUAUUCUACUACUUUAGUUUGUUCGUGUAUUUCUUACUAGGCCUAACCUAUUUCAUAUUGACUAUCUGCUUUUUCUUUUAUCAAUUACUAAUUUAUAUUUAAUUUUUUUGUAGCAAACCAUGUUCUGAGUAAUCACACUGCGUUGAUUUUUUUGUGUUUCCUGGUGAGACUCAGGCGUGAGUUUGAACUUUAGCCACGUUUGGUGCUAUAUUAGUUUGAAUCUAGCCUUUCGGAAAAAGAAUGGAAGAAGAAAACGCCAAAGGGGUGAAGCCCGCAGAUUUGUUGUCUUUGGACAUGGUGGGCCGGACACCAAAGAAGUCUAGGGUGAAUGCAAAACGUCAGUUGACGAAUGCGAUACGGAAGGUAUCCGAUGCAUUGACAGUGGGUGAAGAUGUUUGUGGGAUAGGAAAUGCUGUGGUGUGCAUGGAAAAUGCGUUUAAUGAUUUCAGCAAAACCUGCAGUAACUACCGCCAACUGUUAGAAGAUGACAUUGAAGAAUGUAUGAUAUAUUUUCAUGAAGCAGAAACGCGGUUCUUGAGCACGAAGGACAGAGUGGCAUUUUGGAAGGAGUCAGCAAGGAGAGAAGUAGACAUCAAACUCAAUGACAGCAAAAUCAGAGCAGAAGACCCGGUGAGCCAGAUGAAGUCUCAUUCUUCCCGCAGGAGCAUGCACUCUAAAUAUUCAAUAUGUUCCCAUGUUUGUAGUCUUGACGAAGCAAUGGUGAGAAUUUCGACGAAACGAAUCCUGGUGCUAUUCCAUGGCAACAAAGUUCUACAAGAUACACAUUGCAUCACGAGGCAAAGGCAAAAAAUACGAGGAUGUCAGCACAAUGCCAUUCCAAUAGAAGUGAGCAAGAUGAAGGUAGAGAAGAAUAUCUCGAGACGAUGAAAAGAUUGGCAGUCGCUUCGUUGUUGCCUAAAUCAGAGUUGGCAGCUUUUGAUGGUAACCCCUUAAAAUAUUUUGUCUUCAUUCGCAGCUUUGAAAAUAAUGUUGAAAAGGAUACAAACGAUUUUUCAAGAAGACUACAAUUACUGAUUCAAUAUUGCACUGGAAAGGCCAAAAGGGUAAUAGAAAGCUGCAUUUUACUGGAACCGGAAGAAGGCUAUUGGAAAGCAAAGAACAUGCUCGCAGACAGAUUUGGCAACGUUUUCAAGGUGUCAAACGCAUGGAUAGAGCAAGAAUCAGGUAGACCUUUGAUAAGACCAAGUGACCGAGGUGCACUACAAGAAUUAGCAGACGAUCUCGAAAGCUGUGAAAUAACACUCAAAGCUACAGGAAGACUUGGACAAAUUAACAACAAAGACAAGCUAGUCCAGAUUUUGGAGAGAUGCCCUGUGUUUGUUAGAUCACGAUGGCAGUCAUGUGUCCAAGAAAUUCUAUCAAAAGGACCGGAUCCGAAUGUAAACGUGAAAAAACUGAUCAAGGCCAUUGCUAUGGAGAAAAACGACGCUGUCUUUGGUGCACUUUUGGAUGGUGGAGUGAAGGAUUCUGUAUCUUCGACGCGGAUGGGUACACGACAAGGACAUACAACUAUGAGACCAGCACCUCAACGAAACAUGAAUUUCAGCAUACAAACGAGCGGUGAAAAUUCAAACAUCGUUGUUGAAAAUGUGAAGUGCUAUUACUGUAACAAGCAUCAUAAACUGGAGAGCUGUGACGAGUUUAGAAGGCUGCCUGGCGAAGAUAAAUUCAGGUUUAUUCGUGAGAAAAAAAUUUGUGAUAAUUCUUUAUCCUCAUUUCAUUUUUCUGCUGGUUGCAAGUAAAAAUGUUAUUGUACAUUGUAUGGAUGUGCAAUUAAACGCAAACAUUUGUCAGCAAUUCAUGAUGCUCUUGCUAAAUUUGAAGAAAGACGCAAUAACAGGCUGAAACAGACAAUUUCUGGAAAUCAACAAAAUGUGAAACGUGAGCAGAAGCAAUUCGUGGGAUUAGCAAGCCAGACAGGGGCCGGACGCAACAGUCAAGCAUUGUCCAUAGUUCCAAUAAAGGUGAAAGCUAGAGGAAAAGGUAAAAUUAUUGCAACCUAUGCUUUGCUUGACAGUGGCUCAACAGCAACUUUUUGUGAUGUCGAAUUGAUGAAAAACUUGAACGAGGAAGGACAAAACUGUCAAAUACGUAUCACUGGCAACAAUCGAUGGUUACAAAGAAGAUUUCAGAUCAUCAUUGGUGAGCUUAGAAGUGAUGGAUUUAGAUGAAAAAGUCAAAGUUCAUUUGUCCAAUGUGUUCUCAGUCCAACGAUUGAAUGUGUCAAAAGAUGCUAUGGCAACACAAGGAGAUGUGGACAUAUUGGCUUAUCUGCAAGGUGUGGAACUGCCUAGAGCGAUAGAUAAUGGUAAAGUCAGCCUUUUGAUUGGUGUCGAUGUACCUGAAGCAUUGGAACCAGUGGAAAUACGCAGAUCAUUAAAUGGAGGACCAUAUGCUGUCAAAACAAAGAUAGGUUGGACUCUGAAUGGACCACUGGAUUCCUCAAACAGAAAUGCUUAUUGCAUGUUUGUGAACACAAUUUCUCCAAGUGAUGAGUAUCUAUGCAGUCAGCUUAAGAGUUAUUUUAUUCAGGAUUUCAGCGAAUCAAUAGCCUACGAUACGAAAGAGCUGUCAGUGCAAGACAAGCAUGCUUUGAAAACAUUUGAAGAAUCAGUUUAGUUGGUGAAUGGUCAUUACCAGAUUGCAAUUCCAUGGAAAGAGGGACAACCUUGUAUGCCAAAAUAUCGACAGGUUGCAGAAAAGCGCUUGGGAUAUCUACAAAGGAGACUCUUUCAAGACUCAAGUUUGAAACAAAGGUAUACAUCAUUUAUUAAUGACUUACUUGACAAAGGGUAUGCACGCAGAGUUCCUGACCAGCAGCUGGAAUGCAGAGAUGGUAAAAUUUUGUAUUUGCGGCACCACAACGUAAUCCAUGCAAAGAAACCAGAUGAAGUGAGGGUAGUCUUUGACUGUGCUGCAAAGUACCAUGGCGAGUCAUUGAAUGACAAGAUUCUUCAGGGUCCAGAUUUGACGAAUAGCUUGAUUGGUGUAUUGUGCAGAUUCAAACAAGAAACUGUAGCGAUGAUGGCAGAUGUAGAGGCAAUGUUCCACCAGGUGCGUGUACAUCCUUAAAAAUCUGAAUGCAUUGAGAUUUCUCUGGUAUCCUCAUGGCAAUUUGUCUGCUGAGCCACACGAAUAUCAAAUGAUGGUACAUUUGUUUGGAGGUGUUUGGUCACCUAGCUGCGCAAGUUUUGCUUUAAAGAAAACGGCGUUGGACAACAAUGAAAAGUCUGAUCCUGAUGUUGCCAGUACAGUUAGCCGAAGUUUCUAUGUUGACGACUUACUGAAAUCAGUGGAGAAGCCAGAAGAAGUAAUAAGAUUGAGUAAGCAGCUUUGUGAGAUGCUCUCUCUUGGUGGAUUUUGUCUUACAAAAUGGAUCAGUAACAGCAGAGCAGUUCUGAACGCAAUACGACAAAAUGAAUGGUCAAAAGAGUUGAAAGAUACCAGCCUUGAGAAUGAAGAGCUUCCAACAGAGCGAGCCUUAGGACUUCAAUGGGAUGCAGAGGCUGACCAAUUAACAUCUAAGAUCUGCAGCAAGGACAAGUCAUUGACUCGCAGAGGACUGCUAAGUAUAAUUUCUUCUGUUUAUGAUCCUAUUUGAUUUGUUUCUCCUUUUGUUUUAAAUGCAAAGAAAAUUCUCCAAACAGGAUCUCAUACGUUGCCGUUGUGCUUAUCACCAAUCUUCUCUGAAUCCCCACGAAACGCAAGCCCUCGCUCUCCAAGAAACAUGACUAAGUCAAGGAUUCGCUGCAGUAACAUUUUCCAUCUUUCUGCUUCAGACAAAAUACUUUUCUCCAAAAAUAAAUCAACAUCAGCAUCUGCUUCUAAGCGUCGUUGAGGCUCACGCCAUGCCAAGUAACACUUGAUGUGGACAUUGCCUCUCUCAUGUUCUGGGAGUCUUUCCCACAAUCUUUUCCAGCUGUCGUUGGCUCCCCAACCAUCAGGAGAAGCCAAUUUUGAUUUUGAACCAUUAUUAAUAGUGCGGCCAAACAACCUGCAUGGCAAACAAUAGAGUGCAGCCUUUGUAGGACUGAAAACAAGCCAGCUUCUUCUUACUACCUCCCCAUUUUGCUGCUUCACAUUUAGGACCGUUUUUGGAAAUUUUUGGCCGUCGCAAUCUUUGGGAAACUCUGGAGGAUGAGGCAAAUGACCAGUUCUAACAACCUUUUCUAACUCUAUUAUCGUUGGA